AUGUGGCGCAGAAGGUUAUCAAAAGAGAUUGCAUAUGGCGAAUACCUUCCGCUUGAAUGCGCAGUACCUUUGCUGGUCUUGUGCUUCCAAGAGCCAGAACUUACCCUGAAGCGAAUCUCUGCGUCUGCCCUGAGCGACAUCUGCAAGCACUCUCCUGAGCUGGCACAGACUGUGGUGGACGCAGGCGCCGUUUCGCUCCUGGCCAAGGACAUCUCCCACAACGAUGCGCCAUUGAAGCGUCAGGUGUGCUCCUGUCUGGCGCAGAUUGCCAAGCACUCCGUGGACCUGGCAGAGGUCGUGGUUGAAGCCGAGAUCUUCCCGCGCAUCUUGCACUGCCUGAAGGACAUCGACGAGUUCGUGCGGAAGAAUGCUGCCACGUGCAUCCGCGAGAUUGCACGCCACACUCCGGACUUGGCCAAGCUCAUUGUCAAUGCCGGUGGAGUUGCCGCCAUGGUGGAUUACAUCACGGAGGCUCGCGGCAACAACCGCCUGCCUGGCAUCAUGACGCUGGGAUACAUUGCGGCGUUCUCCGAGACACUGGCGCUGGCUGUCGUGGUGUCGAAGGGCAUCCCGCCCCUCAAGGAUGCCCUCAUCAACGAGCCCGAAGAUCACCUGAAGGCAGCCUCUGCCUGGUCUUUGGGACAGAUCGGCCGCCACUCUCCAGACCAUGCACGUGCCCUUGCCGAAGCCGACGUCCUGCGAAGAUUGCUGGCAGUCUAUCUGCACCAGGAUUCGAGCGAAGACUUGAGGACCAAGGCCAAGCGCGCCCUGAAGAGCGUGAUCCAGAAGUGCACGCACCUGCCAGCCCUCGAGCCGCUUUUGGAGGCACCUCCGAACAUCUUGAAGUAUGUGGUCCAGCAGUUUGCAAAGGUGCUCCCGAGCGAUCUGAACGCCCGAAAGUCCUUCGUCCAGUCAGGUGGCCUGCAGAAAAUCCAGGAAGUCAAGGCGGAGGUGGGCUCCAAGCUUCACGACUACAUCGAGGAGAUCAACAUGCUCUACCCGCCAGAGAUCGUGCAGCCGGGGACAAAGGUACUACUCGCCCAACUACGCCGAGACGCUACUCAAGAAGAUGGAGGACUUCAACCCAUCUGGGUGAUCCGGUUCAGCCACUGUCGUGGUGGCUCGUGCCGGAGAGAAAUCCUCAGCUGCACACUUCGGAAUGUGAUGGCCUGCUUGCUGCAGUUCAAAACUCGAACUGCUCAUCUUGCUUCACUGAAAGCUCGUGGUGUGGAGCCAUUCGCAGUGCCACGCAUGUUUCCAGCACUACGCACAAUCUCGAGUUCAGACUGCUUCAUCACGUACUAG